AUACAGGAAUAUGCAGCAGCAUACAUAAACGUCCUCUUCACGGGUUACAUUGGUUGUGCAAUUGAAUUUUAGUAUUCUUGCAAUUUCUGGGAAAAUGGGAAGGUGGGAAGGGGCCUGCGAAAAUGAGUGAAGAGAACAUUUCAAGUACAGUGGUUUCUUAUAAGAAAAAGGAGAUUAGCCAAAAGGCAAAUUAAAGAGGAACAAAGUUAGAAAGAGAGAGAGAAGAGAGGUAUAAGAUGAAGGUGCAGGAGGGUUUGUUCUUGGUGGCUUUUUUCUCCUUUGCGUAUGCGCAGCUGGUCAAGGGGCAACAUCAACCUCCCGAGGAUUGCCAAACUAAAUGUGGCAACAUCACAAUCGAGUACCCUUUUGGCAUUUCUUCAGGUUGUUACUAUCCCGGGAAUGAAAGUUUCAGUAUCACCUGUAAGGAAGAUAGGCCACAUGUCUUAAGCAACAUGGAAGUGACAAACUUCAAUCACAGCGGCCAGCUACAAGUUCUGCUUAAUCGAUCCUCUACUUGCUACGACGAGCAAGUAAAUGAAACUAUUACUGAUUACGGAUAUUUUAAACUGGAUGAUUUAUCUCUUUCCGCCAACAACAAGUUAACUACAAUAGGCUGUAACGCCUUCGCACUUCUGGCCACUUUUGGAAUGCAAAAUUACUCAACUGGAUGCAUGUCAUUAUGCGAUUCUCCCCCGGAGGCUAAUGGAGAAUGUGAUGGUAGAGGUUGCUGCAGAACGGAUGUUUCUGUCCCGUUGGAUAGCUAUAAAUUCCACUUUGUAUCAACUAGCUUAACGGACCCGACUUCUGUUCAGCACUUUAAUUCUUGCACCUUUGCUUUUCUCGUUGAAGAUGAUAAGUUUAACUUCAGUUCUUCAGAAGAUCUUAAGAAUCUGCGAAAUGUCACAAGGUUCCCUGUGCUACUAGAUUGGUCUAUUGGAAGUCAGAGAUGCGAGCAAGUUGGAAGCACAAGCAUCUGCGGUGGCAACAGCACUUGUUUCGAUUCUACUCCUAGAAGCGGGUAUAUCUGCAGAUGCAAUGAAGGCUUUGAUGGGAAUCCAUACCUUUCAGCUGGUUGCCAAGACGUCAAUGAGUGUACUACUAGUAAUACUAUCCAUAGACAUAACUGUUCGGACCCCAACACCUGUCGAAACAAGGUUGGAGGCUUCUAUUGUAAGUGCCAAUCUGGUUAUCGCUUAGAUACCACCACUAUGAGCUGCAAGCGUAAAGAGUUUGGAUGGACUACAAUUCUUCUUGUAACCACCAUCGGCUUAUUGGUCAUCCUGCUUGGCGUUGGCUGUAUACUACAGAGCAUGAAGCACCGGAAGGACACCAAGCUCCGACAACAAUUCUUCGAGCAAAAUGGUGGCGGCAUGUUGACACAACGACUCUCAGGAGCAGGGCCGUCAAAUGUUGAUGUCAAAAUCUUUACUGAGGAAGGCAUGAAGAAAGCAACCAAUGGUUAUGAUGAGAGCAGGAUCCUGGGUCAGGGAGGCCAAGGAACCGUGUACAAAGGGAUAUUGCCGGACAACUCCAUAGUUGCUAUAAAGAAAGCUCGGCUUGGAGGAGACAGUAGCCAAGUAGAGCAGUUCAUCAACGAAGUGCUCGUGCUUUCACAAAUCAACCAUAGGAACGUGGUCAAACUCUUGGGCUGUUGUCUAGAGACUGAAGUUCCCUUGUUGGUCUAUGAGUUCAUCACCAAUGGCACCCUUUUCGAUCACUUGCAUGGUUCCAUGUUUGAUUCUUUGCUUACAUGGGAACACCGUCUGAGGAUAGCAAUAGAAGUCGCUGGAACUCUUGCUUAUCUUCACUCCUCUGCUUCUAUUCCAAUCAUCCAUCGGGAUGUCAAAACUGCAAAUAUUCUUCUGGAUGAAAACUUAACUGCAAAAGUAGCUGACUUUGGUGCUUCAAGGCUGAUACCCAUGGAUAAAGAGGAGCUCGCAACUAUGGUGCAAGGAACUUUAGGUUACCUAGACCCAGAAUAUUACAACACAGGGUUGCUAAACGAAAAGAGCGAUGUUUAUAGCUUUGGGGUAGUCCUAAUGGAACUACUCUCAGGUCAAAAGGCAUUGUGCUUUAAACGGCCACAGUCCUCGAAACAUCUGGUGAGUUACUUUGCUUCUGUCACGAACGAAAAUAGGUUGCAUGAGAUUAUUGACGGGCAAGUGAUGAACGAGGAUAAUCUGAGGGAGAUCCAGGAAGCUGCAAGAAUUGCUGCAGAAUGUACAAGACUGAUGGGAGAAGAAAGGCCAAGGAUGAAAGAAGUAGCUGCAAAGCUAGAAGCCUUGAGAGUCAAAACAACCAAACAUAAGUGGUCGGAUCAGUAUCAUGAGGAGAAUGAACACUUGAUUGGUGGUCACAUCUUGUCAGCACAAGGCGAAACCAGUAGCAGCAUUGGCUAUGACAGCAUCAAAAAUGUAGCAAUAUUGGACAUUGAAACUGGCCGCUGAUAUUACAAAUUCACAUGUAUCUCUUUUGUUUGUAAGAAAAGAAACCUACUUCUUUGUUGCUUCAUUAAUAAUGCUUUGAAAGAAAUUUUAUAAAUCAUCAAUAAUCAUGUUCAUAAUUCA